UGCCUAGCAGCCCCCAGCCCGAUCCCCUGCAGCCCCCAGCCCGAUCCUCUGUAGUCCCCAGCCCGAUCCCCUGCAGCCCCCAGCCCGAUCCCCUGCAGCCCCCAGCCCGAUCCUCUGUAGUCCCCAGCCCGAUCCCCUGCAGCCCCCAGCCCGAUCCCCUGCAGCCCCCAGCCUGUCCCGGUGCAGCCCCCAGCCCGAUCCCCUGUAGCCCCCAGCCCGAUCCCCUGCAGCCCCCAGCCCGAUCCUCUGUAGUCCCCAGCCCGAUCCCCUGCAGCCCCCAGCCCGAUCCUCUGUAGUCCCCAGCCCGAUCCCACUGCAGCCCCCAGCCCGAUCCCCUGCAGCCCCCAGCCCGAUCCUCUGUAGUCCCCAGCCCGUCCCACUACAGCCCCCAGCCCGAUCCCCUGCAGCCCCCAGCCCGUCCCGGUGCAGCCCCCAGCCCGAUCUCCUGCAGCCCCCAGCCUGUCCCGGUGCAGCCCCCAGCCCGAUCCCCUGCAGCCCCCAGCCCGAUCCCCUGCAGCCCCCAGCCUGUCCCGGUGCAGCCCCCAGCCCGAUCCCCUGCAGCCCCCAGCCCGUCCCGGUGCAGCCCCCAGCCCGAUCCUCUGCAGCCCCCAGCCCGAUCCUCUGUAGUCCCCAGCCUGUCCCGAUGCAGCCCCCAGCCCGUCCCAGUGCAGCCCCCAGCCCACCUGGGAGCUGAUUCAAUCCCCCUGUAUCGCCUCCCCCAGCUGCAAUCACCUUCCCCCGCCCCCCAGUCCCAUUAGAAGCUGAUUUUCCCUGCGCCCCUUCUUUCCCUCUGCCCCAACUGCAGCCGUCCCCCCCCCCCCGCCCCGGCUGCUGGUGUCUUCCUCCCUCGGCUCCUUCAAUAUCUCCAGCUCUGAACUUGCCCUGCUCAGCGGGGCCCAAGGCGCCUGCAGGAUGUGGGGGUGAUUAUGGGGGGCGUUGCCGACCGGUGCGGACGGACAGAGGGUGGCCGACCUUACCUUGACCGGCGCCGGGGUGCGCAGCAGACGCCUGGCCCGUUGGUCGUGACGGCCGCCAUGGCGAGGGCAGGCUGAGGAGACGGGUGGUGACCAGGCCGGAUCUGCUGGUUUUUUAAAAAAAUUCCUUUUGAUUUUGUUCGUUAAAUCGAAAAAUAAACUGAACUCCGUGCUCGGUGCUUUCUCCGCCGCCAUGAACGGACUGUCGGUGAGUGAGCUGUGCUGUCUCUUCUGCUGCCCGCCCUGCCCCAGCCGGAUAGCGGCCAAACUGGCCUUCCUCCCCCCGGAGCCUACUUACGCCAUGGUCCCCGAGCCAGAGCCCGUGGGCAGCACCAGCUCUCUGAGAGGAGGCACCGCGGGGCGAUGGAAGCUGCAUUUGACGGACCGGGCGGAUUUCCAGUACGCCCAGCGGGAGCUGGACACCAUUGAGGUGUUCCUAACCAAGAGUGGCCGGGGGAACCGGGUCGGCUGCAUGUAUAUCCGGUGUGUGCCUGGCGCUAGGUUCACGGUGCUCUUCUCCCAUGGCAACGCUGUGGACCUGGGCCAGAUGAGCAGCUUCUACAUCGGCCUGGGCACCCGCAUCAAUUGCAACAUCUUCUCCUACGACUACUCGGGCUACGGCAUGAGCACGGGGAAGCCCUCGGAGAAGAAUCUCUACGCCGACAUCGAUGCGGCCUGGCAGGCCCUGAGAACGAGGUAUGGGAUCAGCCCGGAGAACAUCAUCCUGUACGGGCAGAGCAUCGGCACGGUGCCCACCGUAGACCUGGCCUCCCGCUACGAGUGUGCCGCCGUGGUGCUGCACUCGCCCCUCACCUCGGGCAUGAGAGUCGCCUUCCCCGACACUAAGAAGACAUACUGCUUUGACGCCUUCCCCAACAUCGAGAAGGUGUCCAAGAUCACUUCGCCCGUCCUCAUCAUCCAUGGCACCGAAGAUGAAGUCAUCGACUUCUCUCACGGCCUGGCGCUGUAUGAGCGCUGCCCCAAGGCCGUGGAGCCCCUGUGGGUGGAGGGGGCAGGCCACAAUGACAUUGAACUGUACAGCCAGUACCUCGAGCGCCUGCGGAAGUUCAUCUCCCAGGAGCUGACCAGCCAACGCACCUGAGCCCCAGCUGCCACCCCUGACUCUGACCCAGAGGUAGGAUCGGGCCGCGCUGCCCCCUGGAGGUGUAACAACUUGGGCAGCCUCAGCUCCAGCCCACACUGAGGCUGGCGAGCUGGCGGGACGUGGCCAGUCCUCAAGUCAUUGGUGUUUCCAGGCACUGUGCUCCCGGCUAGGCCCACCCUCCGCCUCCCCGCCAGAUGCUACAGACGGGACAUGCGGGAUGGCUCCCAUUUCAGCCUGGGCAGCCCCAGCCCAUGCGGUGGGGAAAAGACCAGCUCCAGCUUCCCGACUCCUGCUCCAAGUGCUGAGGCCACUUUCGAUCCAUCUCUGGAGCUUGCUGUGGGUUCUGUCCCCACAUCCCCACUGCAGACAGCCCUCUUAGUUUCUUUCCCAUCAUGCAGCUGUUCUGCCAUGAGCAAUGAGAUGUUUUGGAGUCCUGGCCCUGCCGCAGGUUUGAGGGGGUUAAUUAUCCCUGAAGAGCCCCAUGCCUUUUCCUAUCUGGGAUCUGAUCACUGCAUGAGACACCCCCCACCCCUCCUUCUGCCUUACCCAGAUCAGUAGCAUCAGAAUGGAGGAGCAGGGCUCUCUGGCCCUGAGCAGAGCUUCCCUUGGAUCGAACACCAGUGAGGACCAGGAGGGCAGGGAUGGAGGAGACCGAGUGGCGUUUGAGCUCCUUGCUGGGAAGGAACGGCCCCGACGUGCAACCCCUGCUCUCUGAAAAGGGUCGGGCAAGCAUGGUUAGGAGACAUGCGCUGUCCCCGAUCUUCGGCAUCCGUCCUGUUUUCUCUUUCCGCAAGACUCCCCUGUAUUUGGGGCACCCCCUUUCUUUACUCCAAAUAUCUAGAGACAGAUCCCUCGAGUCACGCUGGAAGGAGGGAAUCGAAGAAUAAAGAUUUAAGAUGUAAAAUUUUACAA